AUGUUGCUGGUGAAGUUGUUAAGAUUUCUGGAGCCAAAGGGCCCGUAUCGUAGUUUACGAAGAGAUCUCCAAGAAGCAGUGCUGGGAGAGGGCACAUUAAAACGUGAAACAGAUUCAAGAAAGAGCAACAUUUGUGAGACCCAAAUAAGCAGUUCUCAUUCGAUGAAGUCUACACCAACUCACAGGUCUACUAAGGUGAAUAAAUCCGUGACUUGCGCGCCUGAUGCUGCACCUCUUCCCAUGGCUUCUUCACCGGGUUCCUCAUCCACGAAAUUCUUGGUUUCUUCUUCUAUUGGAACCCCUGAUAAUGCCACACCAGCAGAAAAUUCUGAUCAUGUCCAUGUGAACAGUACAAAUACUUCCCCUGAAGAUAUGGCAAAAGUGAAUGUUGAUGCACCCUGGGUAGAACGAUAUCGCUCCUUGUUGAGUUUGUUGAAAACUUUGGAUCAGUCGGACAAACAUGAAUAUCUCAGCAGGCAAGCUGUUCAACUUGAGAAACAAUCAAUGAAGCUUUCAAUGGAGGAAGCAAAAGAGAUUGAACGAGUCGGGCUGUUGGACGUGUUGGGUGAACGUAGGAAGAGGGUUGUCUGUAAAGCUUCUUCUAGUGAGCAAGAUGAGCUACACAAGUGA